AUGGUUAAAAAUGUUGUUGAUGUUGUAUUUGGCGGCCUAACUUAUUGGUCAUUUGGCUACGGGCUUAGUUUUGGUGAUGGCGUGUACAGCAAUGCUAUCGUUGGAUGGGGCAAAUUUUUUUUUAAUCCGGUGAGAAACGUUGAUUCGCCACGCUAUGAAGGCUGGGCAUAUGCUAAUUUUCUUUUCCAGUUAAGUUUUGCGACAACUGCAUCGACAAUAGUGCCGUAG